AUGCGGCUUCUUCCUCACAUGGCAGCCCAUCCCGCCCGGGAGCACUGGAACAGUCUCCGUGCACUUCCCUGUUCGUGCAGUGCUGCCCUGGAGCGACCCCGCCUCAAGCUCGAUACCGUCCUCGGGUUCUCUACCGCGAUUCUGGCCAUACCUGCUCCGAUUCCACACCUCACAGACGCCCUCAUCUUUCAAAUGACCCAGGCGAGCGACAUGAUUAAGACCACCUUUUCCACCCUACACGCCUAA